AUGACGGCCUGCGUCAAAGCUGCAGGCCCGUGGUCGUCCCGGUCUGCGGGGAUGCUAACGUCUUGUGGCUUCCUCAGCAUGCACACUGGGUCCAAAAGAGCCAUCCCUCACGUUACCUCCCAGAGCCCCCUCCCACCGUCUAAUGCCAUCACGUUGGAGGAUGUACAAUACUGGGUCUGGACGGAUCCGAAUGACCAGAGUGACAUCACUCAAAAAGGGUAUGAAAAGAAACGGGCAAAACUGCUUGCACGCUAUAUCCCGCUUAUUCAAGGAGUAGAUCCAUCCCUACAAGCUGAGAAUAGGAUCCCAGGUCCCUCACAAACCACAGCUGUAGCGCCCAAACAGCAGAAGCUACGGCCUACCAACUCACGGGACGAGCGCUUCCGGUCAGAUGUUCACACUGAAGCGGUGCAAGCAGCUUUGGCCAAAUACAAGGAGAGGAAGAUGCCUAUGCCUUCAAAAAGACGUUCGGUUCUUGUCCACUCGUCGGUGGAGACGUACACACCUCCAGACACGUCAUCUGCCUCAGAAGAUGAGGGCUCUUUACGGCGACCCGGGCGACUUACCUCCACUCCGCUCCAGAGCCAUUCCAACGUCGAGCCCUGGCUCGACCGGGUCAUUCAGGGCUCGUCCACCUCAUCCUCUGCAUCCUCCACCUCAUCUCACCCGGGAGGGAGACCCGCCGCUGCUCCCAGUGCCGCCGCCGCCACGCUCACAGGCCCCGUGGCCCACGCCCACAUAGAUCUGCACUCUGCCCCUCCUGACGUCACCACGGGUCUUGUGGAGCUUCCGCACUGUGAGCGUCCGCAGCUGGCUUCUGUGAGAGGCGUCCCUCGGGGCUACAGCGGCAGCGUCCUGGAAACUGCGGGUGGUGUCCCUGUGAACAGCAGAGUGUCCUCCAAAAUCCAGCAGCUUCUCAAUACCCUGAAGAGGCCAAAGCGCCCUCCGCUGAAGGAGUUCUUUGUGGAUGAUUUUGAGGAGCUGUUGGAAGUGCAGCAACCAGAUCCAAAUCAGCCAAAGCCUGAGGGAAGCCAGACGGCAGUGCUGAAAGGGGAGCCCCUGGCCGUGGGGACCACCUGGCCACCGUCCCUGCUGGCUGCCUUGCAGCGCUGGGGCACGACACAGCCCAAAGCCCCCUGUCUGACUGCCUUGGACACAGCUGGGAAGGCCAUCUACACCCUUACCUAUGGCAAACUUUGGAGUCGGAGUUUAAAACUAGCUUAUACUCUACUUAAUAAACUGACUAGUAAGAAUGAACCACUACUUAAACCUGGAGACAGAGUGGCCCUGGUGUUUCCGAACAGUGACCCUGUGAUGUUCAUGGUGGGGUUUUAUGGCUGUCUCCUGGCAGAGCUGGUUCCUGUCCCCAUAGAAGUGCCGCUAACAAGAAAGGACGCCGGCAGCCAGCAGGUUGGGUUUCUGCUGGGAAGCUGUGGCGUUGCCCUGGCCCUGACCACGGAUGCUUGUCAGAAAGGCCUGCCCAAGGCGCAGACCGGAGAGGUGGCAGCUUUCAAAGGUUGGCCCCCUCUCGCCUGGUUGGUGAUCGAUGGGAAGCAUCUGACCAAGCCCCCGAAAGACUGGCAUCCACCGGCCUGGGAUGCAGGGGCCGGGACUGCCUACAUCGAGUAUAAAACAAGCAAAGAAGGCAGCACAGUGGGGGUCACGGUGUCCCACGCAUCCCUGCUGGCACAAUGCCGGGCUCUGACCCAGGCUUGCGGCUACUCGGAAGCUGAAACAUUAACAAAUGUGCUGGAUUUCAAAAGGGAUGCUGGUCUGUGGCAUGGAGUGUUAACAAGUGUUAUGAAUAGGAUGCACGUGGUCAGCAUCCCGUACGCACUGAUGAAAGUGAACCCACUGUCCUGGAUUCAGAAAGUGUGUUCGUAUAAAGCCCGGGCCGCGCUGGUGAAAUCCCGAGACAUGCACUGGUCUCUCCUAGCUCAGCGAGGACAGAGGGACGUCAGCCUCAGCUCGCUGCGCAUGCUGAUCGUGGCUGAUGGCGCAAACCCCUGGUCCAUAUCCUCCUGUGAUGCGUUCCUCAAUGUCUUCCAGUCUAGAGGGCUGAGGCCAGAGGUCAUCUGUCCUUGCGCCAGUUCUCCUGAGGCGCUGACGGUCGCCAUCCGCAGGCCACCAGACCUGGGAGGACCUCCUCCACGAAAAGCUGUCCUGUCGAUGAGCGGUCUCAGUUUUGGCGUGAUCAGAGUUGAUACUGAAGAGAAGUUGUCAGUUCUUACUGUUCAGGACGUGGGUCAGGUGCUGCCUGGAGCUGAUGUGUGUGUUGUGAAGGUAGAAGGUACCCCUUAUCUCUGUAAAACUGAUGAGGUUGGAGAAAUAUGUGUCAAUUCCAGCGCAACUGGCACAGCGUACUAUGGACUACUUGGAAUCACAAAGAGCGUCUUUGAGACUGUCCCGGUCACAGCAGGAGGAGCCCCCGUGUCUGACAGGCCUUUCACCAGGACAGGGCUGCUGGGCUUCAUUGGGCCUGAUAACCUGGUUUUUGUCGUGGGCAAGCUGGAUGGGCUAAUGGUGGUUGGAGUUCGUAGACACAACGCGGAUGACAUCGUGGCCACUGCGCUGGCUGUGGAGCCCAUGAAGUUUGUCUACAGAGGCAGGAUUGCCGUGUUCUCCGUGACGGUGCUGCACGAUGACCGGAUCGUGCUUGUGGCUGAGCAGCGGCCUGAUGCCUCCGAGGAGGACAGCUUCCAGUGGAUGAGUCGCGUGCUGCAGGCCAUCGACAGCAUCCACCAGGUGGGCGUGUACUGUCUGGCCCUGGUUCCUGCCAACACCUUGCCCAAGGCUCCCCUUGGAGGGAUUCAUAUUUCUGAAACCAAGCAGCGGUUUCUGGAGGGGAUGCUGCACCCGUGUAAUGUACUAAUGUGCCCUCACACCUGUGUCACCAACCUCCCCAAACCUCGCCAGAAACAACCAGAGGUUGGACCAGCCUCCAUGAUCGUGGGGAACCUGGUUGCUGGGAAGAGAAUCGCCCAGGCCUCAGGGAGGGAGCUGGCUCACCUGGAGGACAGUGACCAGGCGAGAAAGUUCCUGUUCCUGCCGGAUGUGCUGCAGUGGCGGGCGCACACCACCCCGGACCACCCGCUGUUCCUGCUGCUCAAUGCCAAGGGCACCGUCACCAGCACUGCAACCUGCGUCCAGCUGCACAAAAGGGCUGAAAGGGUUGCCGCUGCCCUGAUGGAGAAGGCACGACUGAGCGUCGGGGACCAUGUGGCUUUAGUCUACCCCCCAGGGGUGGACCUCAUUGCCGCCUUCUAUGGCUGCCUGUACUGCGGCUGUGUGCCUGUCACCGUGCGGCCUCCGCACCCCCAGAACCUGGCCACCACGCUUCCCACCGUCAAGAUGAUCGUAGAGGUCAGCAAGUCUGCUUGCGUCCUCACUACACAGGCCAUCAUGCGGCUGCUCAAGUCCAAAGAUGCAGCGGCUGCUGUGGACGUCAGGACCUGGCCGACCAUUCUAGAUACAGAUGACAUACCAAAAAAGAAGGUGGCUAGCAUUUUCAGGCCACCGUCCCCAGACCUGCUCGCAUACUUGGAUUUCAGCGUGUCGACUACAGGGAUAUUAGCAGGUGUGAAGAUGUCGCACGCAGCCACAAGUGCCUUGUGCCGCUCCAUAAAGCUACAGUGUGAGCUGUACCCCUCGAGGCAGAUCGCCAUCUGUCUUGACCCCUACUGCGGCCUUGGCUUCGCCCUGUGGUGUCUGUGCAGCGUCUAUUCCGGACACCAGUCAGUCCUGGUGCCCCCGCUGGAGCUGGAGAGCAACGUGUCCCUGUGGCUGUCAGCCGUCAGCCAGUACAAGGCCCGCGUCACCUUCUGCUCCUACUCCGUGAUGGAAAUGUGCACCAAGGGCCUGGGCGCGCAGACUGGUGUCCUCAGGACGAAGGGGGUGAACCUAUCCUGCGUGCGCACCUGCAUGGUGGUAGCUGAGGAGCGGCCCAGGAUCGCGCUCACACAGUCCUUCUCCAAGCUGUUCAAGGACUUGGGGCUGCCAGCGCGCGCCGUGAGCACCACGUUUGGGUGUAGGGUCAACGUGGCCAUCUGCCUCCAGCCCAACAGGCUGGGAAAGCUGGCUGAGCAGGGCACGGCCGGCCCGGACCCCACCACCGUCUACGUGGACAUGAGGGCGCUGCGCCAUGACAGGGUACGUUUGGUAGAACGGGGUUCUCCGCACAGUCUGCCAUUGACGGAGUCUGGAAAGAUCCUCCCUGGGGUAAAAGUCAUUAUCGCGCACACGGAGACCAAAGGGCCCCUUGGAGACUCACACCUGGGAGAGAUCUGGGUGAGCAGCCCCCACAACGCCACCGGCUACUACACGGUCUAUGGGGAGGAGGCGCUCCACGCUGACCACUUCAGUGCCCGGCUGAGUUUUGGAGACACACAGACCAUUUGGGCAAGGACUGGCUACCUGGGUUUCCUUCGAAGAACAGAGCUCACUGACGCCAGUGGAGAGCGGCACGAUGCACUGUACGUGGUCGGAUCUCUGGACGAGACGCUGGAGCUGAGAGGCAUGCGCUACCACCCCAUAGACAUCGAGACGUCUGUGGUUCGAGCCCACAGGAGCAUCGCCGAGUGUGCCGUGUUCACCUGGACCAACCUGCUGGUGGUGGUGGUGGAGCUGGAUGGGCUGGAGCAGGAUGCGCUGGACCUGGUGGCCCUGGUGACAAACGUCGUGCUGGAGGAGCAUCACCUGGUCGUGGGUGUGGUGGUCAUUGUGGACCCAGGUGUGAUCCCCAUCAACUCUCGGGGCGAGAAGCAGCGCAUGCACCUGCGUGAUGGCUUCCUGGCUGACCAGCUGGACCCCAUCUAUGUCGCCUACAAUAUGUGA